GGGAGCAGUUGAGCCAGGAACUUUUCCGAAUAACCCCUUCUUCCUCGUCGUUGCCCUAGGCUUCUGAUCCUCUCCAGCCAUGGCGAACGCCGGCGAUCCCGCCUCCCUCCCCCCCUCCGCCUCUCCCUUCUCAUCCACCCGCGCGCUCGAGUCGGUCCCCUUCUCCUCUGGGAACCCCCGCAUCGAGGAGACCCGCGGCGUCGUCCUCCUCCACCCCGACCCACCCACCGCUGCCGCGGCCGCCUCCUCCUCGUCAUCUCAUCUUCCGGCAGAGAGGAAGCCGCAGGUGUUCGUACCUGCGGUGCCCAACCACAUGACCUACGCGGACUUCUGCCGCUUCUGCGGCUCCUUCGUCCCCCACAUGCUCGAGAUGCGCAUCGUCAGGAUUGAUGGAGCGGAGGACCAGUAUAGCGUUCUCAUAAAGUUUGACACUCUGAGCUCCACCGAUAGCUUCUACAAGCACUUCAAUGGAAAGCAGUUCUCAUCACUGGAGGGUGAUGUUUCUCGUAUACGUUUUGUGGAAGACGUGCACUACACUCAAUUGAUCGAGCAUGCCCAUAGCUCGAUUACGAGCUCAGCUGAGCAGCCUACUUGCCCAGUGUGUCUAGAGCGACUUGACCAAGAUCCUGGAGGCAUUCUUACUACAAUAUGCAACCAUUCUUUCCACUGUUCAUGCAUAUCAAAAUGGACAGACUCUUCGUGCCCAGUUUGUAGGUAUUGUCAGCAGCAACCUGAGAAAUCAAUGUGUUCUGUUUGUGGAACUUCGGAAAAUCUUUGGAUUUGUGUAAUCUGUGGUAAUGUUGGCUGCGGAAGGUACAAAGGUGGUCAUGCUAUUGAACACUGGAAAGAAACUGAACACUGCUAUUCACUUGAAUUAGAAACACAGAAGGUUUGGGAUUAUGCUGGUGACAACUAUGUCCAUCGUUUGAUUCAGUCCAAAACAGAUGGUAAACUGGUUGAGUACAAUUGCUAUGGUGGUCAUGAAGCAGAUGGUAUCUGUUCUAUAUGCAGUGGUGAUGCAGGAAUGGAUGAAGCUCUACUAAACAGUAAAGUUGAAGCUAUUGUUGAAGAGUACAAUGAUCUCCUCACGUCUCAGCUUGACAAACAAAGAAAUUACUAUGAGUCACUUCUGUCAGAAGUCAAAGAGGAGAAUGAGAAAGAAAUUUCUGCAGCCACUUCGAAAUCUGUGAGCAUGAUGAAACUCCAAAAGUUACAGGCAAAGCUUGAUAAGUGCCUUGAAGAGAAAAGUUUUCUUGAUGAUAUCAAUACCAAUCUUGUGAAAAAUCAGGAGAUGUGGAAAGAAAGGGUUCGGAAAGUUCAAGAAAGGGAACAAGCUGCACUUAAAUUGAAAGAUGAGAAGAUUGAGAAGCUGGAGGCGGAGCUAAGAGAUUUGAUAGCCCAUAUCGAGUGCCAAAACGCUGUGGCAGCAGUUCCUGGAUCAAUCUCAAGUGAUAUACAAGGGGGCACAAUUCUUCCUGGACCGUCUACACCAUCCCCGAGCAGCAGCCCUGUUCGCCCCACAAAGGACAGGAAGCGGAAUUGAGAUCUGCUUACCCUGACUAGAUUUAAAGGAUCUGCUUACACUUUAGACUGUUAGGGUACAUUCUUAUCCCAAUUCUCCACCCUUUGCUGCUCUGUGAUUGGUUCUUUUUUUUUCGAAACGGCUCUGUGAUUGGUUCUCAAGUCCAUGUCCAUUGGGCUCUUAUGAAUUGACAGUUACCUGUUGCC